AUGUCGAUCGCACACACCGCGGGCGAGUAUAUGCUCUCGGAUGCUUUGCUUCCGGAUCCGAAUGGCUCCAGGGCAAAGGGGCUUCGCUUGGAGCUAUCGUGUGACCGCAUUGUGAAGUUUGUCACUGUGGGGCUGCCCCUGCUGCUCGUGUCCCUGUCGUUUGCACGGGAAUUUUCAUCAGGUACAUUAACUUCUUUACUAUUACUACUAUUUGUUCCAGGGUUCUAGUUAAACCAACUUAAAAUAUAUUCUCACUGGGCUGUAUCCACUCCGUGUUAGUUGCACUUUGGGCCUAUGAAUUAAAAUCAAUGUGAAAAAUUUAGUGGCAUUGAUUACAACGGGAACUAAAUGCACCCUAGUCUGUCUCUAGUCCAAAAUGCCUUUGAACCACAGAUUAUGAAUAUUCAUAAUCUAACCUGCUCUGUUCUCUAGCUGAAAUUCAUUUGUUCCAAAAACUUUUCUGCAAAAAGUUGAACACCUUUAGAUGUUCUUUCUGCACUCAGAUGUUUGCUAGAUAAUUCACUAAAUUGUUUAUGGACUAUAUAUGCACUGGGAUACUUGAUUUUAGUAUUUGUUAGUUGGGAUGGAAUACUAUUUAGUUAUUCAUGUCUUGUGUGCUUCUGUAUUCAGCACUUGCCCAAUUUAUGUCAAGAAGCCUAAAGUCCUCAAAUUUUAAAAUAAAAAUUUGUAUCUAAACUACAGACUUUGUUACCAAAGGCUGGUUGUGCUAAUGUAACGCAGCCAGCACUUUUUUUUCUGGGGGUUACGCAGGGGUACGCAUACCCCUAAACAUUUUGUGAAUCUUUGUACAGUACAGUCAUACCUUGGGUUACAGAAGCUUCUGGUUGCGUUUUUUUGGGUUACGGACCAUCGAAACCAGGAAGUACCGGAACGAGUAACUUCCUGGUUUCGGCGGUCGUACAUGCGCAGAAGUGCUAAAUUGCACUUUGCGCAUGUGCAGAAGUGCCGAAUCGCAACCCACAUGUGCACAGACUUACCACUGCAGGUUGCGGACACUGCGGGUUGCGAACGUGCAUCCUGCACAGAUCACGUUCGCAACCCGAGAGUCCACUGUACUUUUGUCCAUUUACUGUAUUUAUUUCCCCCAAUUUGAACUAUAAAAUGGUGGUUUCCUUGAGUCAAAAUGAGAGUACCCCUAAACACUUCUUUAGGGAAAAAACACAGUUGGGGUUACGUGAUGAGGAGCAGUUUGAUCAUGAGUAUUUGCUGGGAGAACCGGACUCAUUCUCCUCAUUGACCAGGAAGACCAUCUGCUUGCUUGAGUCACAAGGCUGCUACUGCUGGGAUGAAGCAGCGUUCAGUUUCCUGCAGUUUGAUGGAACAGUUGGAUGAAGUACCAGCAGAAACGGCCCUGGAGGCUAAUGGCUCUGUUUCCGCCUUGUUCUCCCCUCCAGGCUCCCAGAUCAGUUGCUUCUCUCCUGCCAACUUCACAGGGAAGCAAUCAGCCUACGUCGACGCUGUGUGCUGGGACUCCUUGCUUCACCAUGACUACGAUACUAUGGGAGACUCUCAAUCCAGAUCUCUCUGGGUCCUCAAGGUAUCAGUGUGGGACACCUUAGUGUUUCAAAGGAAGGAUUAUUAUAUUUACUAUUUUUACAAUAUAUAUAUUUAUUUGGUUUUUCAACUUAAAAUUUCACAGUGAUAUAUCAAACAUAAAUCAUAAAAACAAGAUUUCAAGGAAUCUUCUGGACUCCCAUACUCCCCUAUGUGGGUCCUAUUUGUGGGAUGUAAAACACAUUGCAGUCAAGUACAACAUUCCUGAGCUGAGACAAAAUUCCUCUGCAUGUGACUAGAUGUGUGCCUGGUCUAAUCUGGCCUAGUCUGCCUGGGUAACAAGAGCAAGGAAGAGGCGCACACCAUCUUCUUUUGCUCCUCUCUUCUCCAUUUUUGUUUUUCUCUAUGCAGUCACUUAGGAAUUAACUUCCUUGUGGGAUAGUUCCACAUACGAAUGUACUUUUGUAACAUAAGUCUGCCUUCAGGGAUCAAACUGUGAACUGAAUGAAUGUGAGUAAACUACUUUUAUAUGCACUUUAAUAAGAUUGCCGUGUCUAUUCUUUUUAAGAGGGACAAGAAGGGAUCUUACCAGGAAUCUUAUAUAGAGAGGGAUGAUGGGAGCUGUUGCGCAACAUCUGGAGGGCACAACAUUGGCCAACAUCUGGGGACCCAAGGUUGAAUGACGUGGUUCUAGCACACUCUCGGUAUAUUUUUGGAAGGUUCCAUUAUUUACACUAAGUGCAGAUGUCUGAAGAGGAAGCAUCUUUGCGUCUCACACGUACGGGUUUCUUGCAAACGGUGUGCACUCAUCACAUGGGUGAUGGCAAGGCAAGACUGUCAAUAUAAGACUGUGGUGGGGGCCAGCGGUAUGGCCCUACCUUUUUCUCUUUUAUAUAAAUAUAUAUAAUUUUUCCGUUUUACAAUUUAGAAUACUCAUUUAAACAUCCUUAAAAUAUCCAUGACUUCCCUUCUUCUCUUUCCAUGGUUCAUUUUACAUCUCACAAAUCCCUGCAUAUUUUACAAAAACUAAACCGUUCAGCAUUCCAUUAUUACAUCCACCAAAACGUAUUUACACUCUUGAAUUUAUCCUAAUGCUGCCAGUGUUUUCAAGUGCACAUAAUUUCACCCCAUAUAUUCAAUAAACGUUUUCCAAUCUUCUUUAAAACAUAUGUUCUUCUUGUUUUCUUGGGCUCUGCCCCUUUCUCUAUGCAAUGAGCUUUGUUAUGUACUGAGUUGAAUUGGAUCCAAAAGGCAGCAGUCUGAUUGGUCCUAGAACAAUAGGAUUCAGAAUGCAGCAGUCUGAUUGGUCCACAGGCUCCAAUCCAGCUCCAGGUGGAAGUGAAUACGCAACCUGAUUGGCCUACAGGUGAAUCCCGGAAUUAGCCAAUCAAGUGCAGCCCAUUGUGUAAAUAAUGUAUAUAAAGCAGAUAUUCUGGGGGAACUUCCAUUCCUCAUCACCACUAUGAGCUGAAUAAAGAGCAUGAAAUCCACUCUCAACUCCGAGUACCGGUAUAUUUCAAGCUUCUUUUUCCCUUUUCAAGAUGUAAAGAACUCCUGGAGAAGAGUAUUCUAGAAAAAUAAGUUGGGCCAAUACCUAGUAUUUCUUUCUCCCACGCCCCUGAUUCCUCGUCAGUUCUUACUGUACUUUUCUCUUUCCACCUAGGUCUUCCCGUAUUCCUUGCUGGUGAUUGCAGUCGCCAUGUACCUACCUUCUCUGCUCUGGAGAUAUGCGGCUGCCUCGUCGCUGAACUGCGACCUGCUCUUCAUCAUCGAUGAGCUGGACAAAUCCUACAACCGUUCCAUCCGCUUAGUGCAGCACAUGGUGAAACUACAACAGUCUGGUACUGACCCAGAAGAGCUAUGGGAGGAAUACGACAAGUAAGCUCAAACAGAUGGCUGAGGAGAAGGGAUGUAGCCGAGUGCAGGGGCCAACUCCCAGGGGCCAAGAACUCUUCAGCACCCCCAUAAAAUAUUUGAGGGUGCCAGGGUCCCCCAGAGUUGAUGGGCAUUGUCGUUCAAAUGGCGUAUGUGGACCCCCUGUCGUGGAAUUCUAUUCAAUAUAGAUCCAGAGUAGAUUCCAAUGUAUAGUUAGCAGAGUAAAAACUUAAACAUGUUGCAGAAUUCCCCAAAAAAAGACAAGAGCCAAUUGUAUUUAAAUCAAGCAGUGCUUUGCUGCUACUGAAGGCAAAUGAGCACAAUGGUCACAAAUCCAAUACAUUCAGGAUUGGCACUGUCCAUAAGAAAUCCCGUUGCAGCAGACUUAAUUUAAACUUGCAAUAACAUAUAAUUAAACCUUAACACUAAACAUACUAUAUACAGAACACCACACCAGAAGGAAAGAGAGAUAGAAAGUGAAAGUGAAACCCAGGCUGCUUCUGGUCUUACUAUUAUAGUCAGAAUGACAUUGACAGAAAGAGAUAACAGAACUAGUUUAAGCCAGCUGUACUCAGCUUCUCUGAAGGAAUAACCCAAACCUGAAGGAGCGUCUCCACCCCCAUCGUUCUGCCCGGACACUGAGGUCCAGUGCUAAGGACCUUCUAGCGGUUCACUCCCUGUGAGAAGCCAAGUUACAGGGAACCAGGCAGAGGGCCUUCUUGGUAGUGGCACCCACCCUGUGGAACACACUCCCACCAGAUGUCAAAGAGAAGAACAACUACCAGACUUUUAGAAGACACCUGAAGGCAGCCCUGUUUAGGGAAGCUUUUAAUGUUUAAUAGACUAUUGUAUUUUAAUAUUCUGUUGUAAGCAGCCCAGAGUGGCUGGAGAAACCCAGCCAGAUGGGUGGGGUAUGAAUAAUAAAUUAUUAUUAUUAUUAUUAUUAUUAUUAUUAUUAUUAUAAGGAACCUUCUGCUUUUUUCUUUCACACAGAGAAGCUUCCAGAAGAAUCCCGAACCCUCUUGAAUUAAUUAGAAUAUGAAAGAUCUCUUACAUAUCAGAUCAAUAAUUUCUGUACUAAGAAAUGACACACACCACCCUCGCAAUAUUUUAUUCAAGUUGGCACCCCUGUAGUCGAGGUGGUAGGCACUCACUUUGCAUGCGGAAGGUUCCAGGUUCAGUCCCUGGCAUCUCCCUCUCUGAUAAAUUCCUGGAGAGCAAUUGCCGGAAGUGACUUUAGAGCAGAAGUUCAGGUCCCUCAACUGGCCGAAUGUGCAGUAUAAGAGAAGCAAUAGACAUUACCACGCUAUUCUUGCGACUGUAACUUACUUUCAACUGUUUUUAACACUGUAUUUUUUAAAUUGCUGUAACCUGCCCUGGGCCCUUAUGGUGAAUGGUGGGUAAGAAAUCAGAUUAAUAUUAAUAACAAUAUAUUGGAUUAAUAAUGACAAUAAUGAUAGGAUUGAUAUUAAUAAUAUAAAGCAGCAGUUCCCAAACUGUGGCUUGUGAACCACUGGUGGUUUGCGAGUUUCAUUUAAGUGAGUCCACAUUAAACAUCCAGAUUGAUUUUGCACUGUAUUUUUAUUGCUUCUUCUAUUUCCUAUAUUGCAUUCGAUGGUAUUACAAUCUGAAUUCCAUAGGAUUCAGGUAAUACAGUGGUACCUUGCUUCCUGAAUGGCUUAGUUGUCGAACAAAUCAGCUCCCGAACACCAUGAGUGUUUCAGUUUGCGAACGUUUUUUGGAAGUCAAACAUCCGACGCGGCUUCCGAUUGAGUGCAGGAAGCUCCUGCAGCCAAUCAGAAGCUGUGCCUUGGUUUUUGAACGGUUUCAGGAGUCGAAUGGACUCCUGGAACGGAUUAAGUUUGAGAACCAAGGUACCAAUGUUUAAUAAAAUGCAACAUAGGAAGCAAAAGAAGCAACAAAAUACAAUGGAAAAACAUACAGCCUUGAGCACAGUGAAUUACAAUUGCUGCAACUUUCAAAGGGGGGGACGACACAUUAAGUAGUCCUCAAAGACCCUCAGCAAUUUUCAAGUGGUCUGUGGGGGGAAACUUUUGGGAACCACUGAUUUAAAGAAUUCCACCACCACCCGCCUGGUAAAACCAUUAAAGUCCAGACUCCAGAGCCUAAAAUUGCCUGUCUGACCAUUGCAGUCUCUCCUCAAUCAUGUUCUUUCCCCCCGUAAGGCAGAGCCCCACUGAUUGACCAGAUCUAUAGAUCCAAGCUUUUUUCCAGCUAUAACGGUAGUAAACAUUCCUUGUUUCUCUCUCACCAAGGGCUCGCAGGGAACGCUAUUUUGAAUUCCCAUUACUGGAGAGGUACCUCACUUGCAAGCAGCGCUCCUAUUACCUCGUUGGGGUCUACGUGCUACGGAACCUUCUCCUCCUCUUCCUCCUCGCUGCCACCUGCUUCUACUUGGCCUACUUCCAUGUGGGCGUCUUUUUCCAAGAUGAGUUCAGCUGCACCAUCAAGGUGGGCCUGCUAAGAGAUGAGCUUCACAUCCCAGGUUCGGUCCCCUGCAAGCUCGUCUUCUUCACCGUCUUCCAGGUGACCAGUAUCUGCAUCGGGUGCGUGUACGUCCUUCUGGGGCCCGUCGUCAUCUACCACCUGCUUCAGUUGUGCCAGUGGGACAAGAGGCUCCUAUCCAUCUAUGAGAUGCUGCCAGCUUUUGACCUCCUCAGCAGGAAGAUGCUGACCUGCCCUCUGAACGACCUGAAUAUCAUUUUGCUGUUCCUGCGCGCCAACAUCUCGGAGGUCAAGUCCUUCAGCAGGCUGAGCGUGCUGUGCACUCUGAGAGAUGUCAGGGCGGAUAAGGAAGACAUUGACACGGUGGUGGAUUUUAUGACCCUCUUGGCUGGUCUGGAGAUGUUGAAGCCUAAGCACAAUCUCUGUGCCAAUGGAAACUCGCCUCAUCACAACAGUGAAAUUAUUGGUAAGUGAUACCAGCAGAAAGCCAAGCUUUCUAACAUUCGUGGACAAAGACCACAGCACAACUCAGAUUUGUUCAUAUCUUGUCAGGCAUCGGGGACUCAGCUUCCUCCCCUCCUUUGGCCGUAGAUAAGCAGGACAAAGCGAAAAGAGUCCCUUACCAUUGAAAGAGUCUUUAAUGAUCACAGCAAAAGAACAAAGCAGCCAUUCUCGGAAUGAAGGUGCUCCCAAUUAAGGUUUCCACCAACUUUUCCCCCUGGUCACUUUCGCAUCUUGCAACCUGAUCUUGCAACCAUUGUGCUUUUUGUGUAGCCACCUUAGCCCCACAGCUAAUUCUCCCCUGGCCUCCUAACUGUCCCAAGUAGGAUCAAUUCAGCCAGCUAGCCCUGGGGUUUAUUUGAUUUUUGAAUUUUAUUGUUAUUCAUGUUUUUAUACUGUAUUUUAUGCUGCUUUUAUAAUUAAGUGUUUUAAAGUGUUUUAAAUUUGUUGUUAGCCGCCCUGAGCCCGGUUUUUGAACCGGGAAGGGCGGGGUAUAAAUAAAUUUAUUAGUAGUAUUAGUAUUAGUAUUAGUAUCUGCUCUACAUGUCCUUGGACUAAUAGGCUGCACAGUCUCCAGUGAGAGAGAGUCUGUUAGCUCUCUCUCUUCCAGUUCUUCUUCACUUUGCUGUUCACCCCUCAGUUUUUCCUAACUUUUAUCUUCAGAAUUAUGCCCCUCUGCAAACCACUGCUCCAAAUCUAUACUGCUCCACUGCUCCUGGGCAGCUUUGGGAUCCUGGUCAGGAGCAGGGGGAGGCUCCCACCAUUUCUUAUUAGAGCAGGACUCCUCAGCCUGGUCUCUGACAUGUCUGCUCCUUUUUAGGUCGUGCUAGGCUGCCGUAGCAAAACAAACAAGCAAGCAAGCAAGCAAGCAAGCAAACAAACAAAUAAAUAUUUAUACCCCGCCCAUCUGGCUGGGUUUCCCCAGCCACUCUGGGUGGCUUCCAACAGACCACUAAAAUACAAUAACCUAUUAAAAAUUAAAAGCUUCCCUAAACAGGGCUGCCUUCAGAUGUCAAAACUAAACAAAACAACAAAACAAUGAAGAGUUGUGUAGCACCUUACAGACUAACGCAUUUAUGCCUAUAUUGUUGAAAAUAACAGACAAAAAAUGCACCAUGUUUGGCAAAAUCAGUGCUUUUCUUCUAGAAGGGUAUUCACCAUGAAGUUGUUACAGUAAGUGUCAUGUUUUAAACCAGAGCUUUUCUUCUAGGAAAAAAAAGGUACCAGUACUGCAUGCCCUUUGGUACCCCCAGAAAAAAAAGCACUGGGCAAAACAGCAACAAAAAAUGUGUAUCUUUGGGGAGGGGAGGGGAAAUCACACUAAAAUGCUGAUGAAUUUUCACAAGGACUUACCCUUGCAAAAUUGCAAAUGGAUGUGAAAAUGUGAAGAACUGAAAAGCAGGAAUAUAAGAAACCAAAACAGAUAGAUCUGCCCAUCCCUAAUCCCAUUUUUCAAGCUUUUCCACUGGUGUCAGGGCCGGCCCAAGGCAUUUUGGCACCCGAGGUGAAUGACAAAAUGGUGUCCCUUCCCAACAGGAAAGGAGAGAGUGAAGAUCUAAAUCAGGAAGAAGAGGGGAACAAAGAUCAACAUUGGGAUCUGCUGCCCCUGUGGAUUUUGCCGCUCAAGUUAACUCACCUUGCCCAAUAGGUGGGCCGGCCCAGACUGGAGUUGAUGACAAGCGGUGGAAUAAUAGCCAUAGCUAUAGCCUGAACAAAACAGAAUGCAUGGGAACUAGGAAAUUAAUUUUGCAUGCAGAAAAAAUGGAUCUGAACGACCCUUUUGUGAUAUAAAGCCCUGUCUACUAGCAUUCUUUGUUUACUAUAAAGGAAGUCUAAUUUAGCACACUGCUUUAUUUAGUCAUUACUUUAUGAAAAUAUUUGCAUACUUUUCCCCCUGAAUGGGGCAGCUAAGAAGAAAUCACUAAGUCCAAAAGAUACACAUGCCAUCUGUGCAGCAGCAAGUUUCGCAUAAAACAAGUUGCCACAAAUUAGACAGCUGAAACUCUUUUAUCUGCCAACCAAAACAGCCACCAAGUAAACAAAACAUUUCGGCUAACCAUCAAAAGUCAGUGUAAACAGAGCAGCUUUUGCUUGCAAUUUAGAAAGAAAAGAAAGGAGGGACCAGAUAGAUUUAUUAGAGAUGGACAAAUCUGUCCAUUUCAGUUUCUCAUCUUUCCAUAUUUAAAUUCAGUUCUCCACAUAUCCACAUGUUUGCAAUUUUUGAAAAAAGUUGUCAUGAAAAUUCAUCAGCAGGUUUAUUCAAAUAUAUAUUCAAUUUUCCAGAAGAUAUUGCAUAUUUUAAUGUUAUAUUUACUAGCAUCUGCACAAUUUACCCUUGUAUGUACAUUUUUGUACAUAUUACUGGACUGGACAAAGGCAAAAUUUAGAGAAACGCAAAUUACAAAAGAUGGCUGUGUUUUGGUUCACAUAACAUUUUUGAAAGUGUGACUUAGCUGCGGGCACCUUUAAAUGCUACACAAAGUUAACUUCACACACAACUGCAUACAAACUAUUAGGAGAGAUUCACCGAUGAAUUUCAGUGAGGACUUUGAAAAAACUGAUAUGGAAAUGUGCAGAACUGAAUUUAAGACUGGAAAAUUGAGAAAGGGAAAUUCACCCAUACAUCCUUAUUUGCAGCUCCACGUGUCCCUCUCCUGUUCGGUGGUUAGUGCACAGUUAGAAAUUUAACAGAGAGUGACAAAAGGGGGCACAAUUUUACAUCACAAAUAUAUUAUGGCAAAAUCAACAAAUCUAUGUGCGUCAUUUGCCUAAGUUGCCAAAUUCCUCUAUUUGUGUUGCACCAUGUGGGUUUAGACAUUGGCAAACAAUGUGAACUGCUUCCUUAUUUUAAAGCAUAUGCUGGGACCUGCCUGUAGCCCGUGCUUCUUUUUCUAGGGGCACGCAGGCGUUCACAUUUCCCUAAACAUUUUGUGGAUCUUUGAACUUUUGUCCAUUUACUAUACAGUGGUACCUCGGGUUAAGUACUUAAUUUGUUCUGGAGGUCCGUUCUUAACCUGAAACUGUUCUUAACCUGAGGUACCACUUUAGCUAAUGGGGCCUCCUGCUGCCGCCGCAUGAUUUCUGUUCUCAUCCUGAAGCAAAGUUCUUAACCCAGGGUAAUGUUUCUGGGUUAGCGGAGUCUGUAACCUGAAGCGUCUGUAACCUGAGGUACCACUGUAUUUAUUUUCCCCGAUUUGAACUAUAAAAUGGUGAUUUUCUUGAGUCAAAAUGAGAGUAGCCCUAAACAUUUUUUUUAAAGAAAAAAAGCAGUGGCUUUAGCUCAGGUUAAGUCUUGCCUUUGGCCUUGGGGAGACGUUCUUCUGUGCCACAUGAUAAUUACAUAAGUAUACUGUGGGGCUUCUCUUGUGUAAACUCGUGCAACAGGGGCUCCGCAGUGUGUAUCCUAACUGCUUCAUAAUCAGCUACUGUUUGUUGUUAUUUUUAAAAAAGGAGUUGAGUAUAAGAGAGGAUUCAGGGUGUUUCAAACCCUCCUGCAUUUGUGGAAAUUUACUUUGCAUGGCAAGUGCCAAGGAAGGGGGAAAACCCAGUGCACUGUGACUGCCUGCCUUGCUUUUCGUUAACUGGAGAAAACAGUUUCCUUCCAGAAUGCAGCUCCAAGGCUACGUGCAGCAAAGCACAGAGCAACAGCAUGAUCCCUGGAUGCAGCAAUGCCCAACCUCAUCUCUAAAGAGAAAUACAGUGGUACCUCAGGUUACAUACGCUUCAGGUUACAGACUCCGGUAACCCAGAAAUAGUACCUCGGGUUAAGAACUUUGCAUCAGGAUGAGAACAGAAAUUGUGCUUCAGCGGCAGCAGGAGACCCCAUUAGCUAAAGUGGUGCUUCAGGUUAAGAACAGUUUCAGGUUAAGAACAGACCUCCGGAAUGAAUUAAGUACUUAACCUGAGGUACCACUGUAUGAAUGAGGGAAGGCACACUGCUAGUCCCCGUUAUUAAAAACCCUGUUGUGCUGAACACAAGCAGUCCAGCUGGCAACAGCGCAUUUAAGUGUGCAAAAUCCUUUAUUUACCACCUUGUCUAUGUUUGCUACGGGACGCGGGUGGCGCUGUGGGUUAAACCACAGAGCCUAGGACUUGCCGAUCAGAAGGUCGGCAGUUCGAAUCCUCGCGAUGGGGUGAGCUCCCAUUGCUUGGUCCCUGCUCCUGCCAACCUAGCAGUUCGAAAGCACAUCAAAGUGCAAGUAGAUAAAUAGGUACCGCUCUGGCAGGAAGGUAAACGGUGUUUCCAUGCGCUGCUCUGGUUUGUCAGAAGCAGCUUAGUCAUGCUGGCCACAUGACCCGGAAGCUGUCUGUGGACAAACGCCUGCCCUCAGCCACUAAAGCAAGAUGAGCGCCGCAACCCCAGAGUCGGCCACGACUGGACCUAAUGCUCAGGGGUCCCUUUACCUUUACCUGUGUUUGCUCUCCACUGCAACCCUCUUCGGUUGCUUUUAUUCCUGUUGCAUGGAUGGGGAAUUUUGCGUAGUUUAUUAAUGCUUGGCCCAUAGGCCAUUCGCAUAUCAGAUAAAUAAAGACAGUACAAAACCCAACAGUAUAAAAUGCUGCACAAAACUACGUUACUCUUUGAAUCAAACAUAAAACCUAUAUCUUUAAAAUACUACAUAAACCACAUGUAACAUGUAUGGAACUUACAUACUGAACGGGUAAAAUUUAAUACAGAUUUGAAAAACCCCAUUGAUUGUUAAAAUAUAUUAUGAUUAAAUAAGAGCUUCACCAACUGCAAUCUACUUGAUAACUCUUUUCUGGGUUUUCAUUGCUGCUAGGGCAAAAAGAGAAACUUUGUGAGGUGGUCAUACCAAUAAUUUUUCCAGUAUUUGAAGCUUAAGCUCUGCUGAGUUUUCCCUGCCUUCCGCCCCCCUCCUUUCAAAUCCUGCACCAAUAAUAAUAAUAAUAAUAAUAAUAAUAAUAAUAAUAAAUUUUAUUUAUAUCCCGCCCUCCCCAGCCGAAGCCGGGCUCAGGGCGGCUAACAACAAUAAAAAGUACAAAGUACAGCAUAAACAACAGUCUAAAAUCAUUCAUUAUAAAAUUAAUUAAUUAAUUAAUUAAUAAGCCAUUUCACAGAUGCACAUGGAAUAUCCUUGCAGACAUUUUGUUGCAUACAGCCUGCAGCUAACAUGGGAAGGGCUGAAGUGUUAAUUCCACAUGGAUUCAGAAGUUGCUUUUUAUAUAUCAUCAUCAUCUAGUCACCAGGCCAUGUAAAGCAAGCAUUUAAUAAAAGGAACUACAGUAUAUAACCAUAGAACAUGAAUACAAGUUAUCAUCAAUAAAAUUGGCACCAUCCCAGCUUUAUUCACUGGCAUCAGAAGAGAUCUGUUGUCUUCUUUCUUUAAAAGAAAUGCACUGAAUGUUUUACUGCUCUUGUCCCAGCAUAUUCUGGUACAGCCCAAAAGAUCUUUAAAAAGCCUCUCACAGGAAGUUGCCCUAGGAGAUUCCAUAAGAGGCAAGGAAGUGUCCAGGGGUGGGGUGAAGGAGGUGUGAAUAAAAUUCAAAACAGUGUUAUAAGAAAAACUGCUCCCUUUCCCUUAUGGGGUAUUCCAGAGCCCGUAUAGAGUCCUUAAGUGGGUUCCCUAUUGAUAGGAGAAAACAACAGAGGCCAACCAGAGUAUUUUGAGAAGCAAAGCGGUUAGUAAGCCUGAUCUUUAUUCAAGGAACAGUUGUAACAGGGUCCCCACUCACCACAUGCAGGAGGGAGGAGAACCCUGAACAAUGGUGUGCAAGCCCUUAUAUAGACUUUUGAAAUUGCCCACCCUGUAGCCCAAGACCACCACCACCCCAAAACACCAUAUGUACAUCACAAAAGGAGGCAGUCUAUAAAUAUUUAUUCUGUAUUUGAGACCUUAAAAUUCUUAUAACAAUGGUAACAACUAAUCUUUUCAAAGUGCAAUUGACACAAUUUAGAUUAAUUAGUUCCACAAAACUGAUGAACUUGAUCUAACGAUACCAGCUUUUCAAAAUCUGAUCGUUGGUGUUGCAGGUGUGAAUGACUGUCAAAUUAGGGUUUAUGAAGCAUCUUCAGCAAUUUAUGCCAGACCUUGCAGAGAAGUUUGAUAAAGCUUUUAAACCCCUGGAGUAGAGCAUUUUGAAGAGCAAAAAAAGUGGACACGUUUGCCAACUUCUACUUUUAACUAUGGGUCGCUAUGAUGACUCUCAUCUUACAUACCUAUGAAAAAGACAUGUCCUGGAAAAAGAGGACACAUGGCAACCCUACUAGAUGAAAUAGAUAAAACUGCUAACACAUCUAUGAAUAUGGGAGUUAAACAUGAAGAACAAAUUAAAAACUUGUACCUGCUCUGGAAACCCUUUGUCUUUCACUGGAACACCAGGAGAACAGAUCACUGGUGAGCAGCAAGAUAGAGGGAGGAAAAGGAGAGGAUAUGAAAUCGUUCAUUAUUAACUGGAUCCAUCCCAAUGGUGAACUUUUAGACCUCUUAAAAACCACAAUCUGGAAGUAUUUAUCAAUUUACUAAUAGCUAGAAUAGUGGUGAGAACAGCAAAAAACUGGAAAGAGAGCAAUACACCAUCUUUAUUUGAUUGGACUGAUAAGGUAUGGCCUAUUGGAACAAUGAUAAAAUUAACGUACUGUGAUGGGAUGAUGAGCUGCUUGUGCGUAAAAUCGUAUCCCCUCAGAGUUUGUUCAAGUCCACAAACCUCUGUCUGUGACGGAGCCCCUCAGACAUGGCUCCUCUAGUCACUAGCAGAUUCCGACAGUGGUUGCUUUGGAAUCGCUUCCAACAUAAAAGCUCCUUAACGGAAACACGUCUUCUGGACUCUCUGCGUUUCAGUUUCCGGCGAGGAGUGGGUGUCCCUACAGGAGGUCCUGAAACCUCCCCACUGUUUUCGCUGGAAGUGUCUCUGAGCCAUCCCUCCAGCUCACUUUCCCUCAGCUCAGCUCCUCUCCCCCUACUGGUUCCCUCUUCAGCUGCUGAGUCUCUCCCCACCUGUGUGAGCCCUUUCACCUCCCUUCCGUCCGAUGGCAGUUCCCUGACAUCCACCUCCCCUCCAGGGCCCCCUUCACCCCCUCUCGCCCCCUCCUCUACGGGCGGUGAGGAGGCAAAACCCGGAAUGAACUUCCUUCAUCUUCCGAUGUCUCGAACACUUCUCUCCACCUGUUGCGGUUCCUGGUCUCGAAGUACUCCUCCUCCUCAGAGUCCAUCUCCCUUCCCUUCCGAGUCCGGGAAGCCUUCCAACUCCUCCUCCUCAUCAGUGGUCCCAAAGUAUUCCCUCCGGAACCUCUCCACAGGCUGAGGUUUCCUUGGGAACCUUUGAUGGAACGUUUCUAUCAAUACCUCGUCAUUGAUAUCUUCGGCCAUUACCCAAGUGUUUUCUGACUCCGGUUCUCCUUCCCACGCUACCAAAUACUCCACCUGAUUCCCCUUCCACCUGGCGUCGAGGAUUUCUGCCACAUGGCUGCUGCAUUCUCUUUCUUCUAUGACCGGUCCCGAGUGGCCAUCCCUUCUCGUCCCCUUCGUACGGUGACAGUAACGACCUGUGAAAUACUGGGUGCAGUUUCAUGUGGUUGGGUAACCGGAGCCUGAAAGCCACUGGGUUGACCUGUUGAAUGACCUCAAAGGGACCCAACCUCCUGGGUCUUAAUUUCUUACACCCUCCUUUGAACGGCAACCCUUGGGUUGACAGCCACACCCUAUCUCCCACCCUUAUGGUUUCACCUUCCCUUCGGUUCUUGUCUGCUUGCCUCUUGUAUUCUUCCUUCGCCCUUUCUAAGUUGAGUUGGAGCUGACAAUGGAUUGCUUCCAUUUCUUCUACAAAAUGCUCGGCUGCCGGGACGCUCCAUCUCUCCCCAUCUCCCCCCUGGGAAAGCCCUGGGAUGACACCCAUAAUUAGCCAAGAAGGGGCUCAUCCCUGUGGACACAUUCUCGGCAUUGUUGUAGGCAAAUUCCGCCAGCGCCAACUUUUCUACCCAGUCAUUCUCUCUGUCAUUGACAUAACACCUCAGGUAUUGCUGGAGGACACCGUUUGCUCUUUCCGCCUGCCCGUUGGUUUCAGGGUGCCGGGCAGUCGAAAAAUUGACCUCCACCUGCAGUAAGCUCAUGAGCUUCCUCCAGAACCUGGAAGUAAAUUGUUUUCCUCGGUCUGAGACCACCCUCAAUGGCACCCCGUGCAACCUAAAAAUGUGUUCUACAAAUAACUUCGCUGUCUCUUCCGCCGUGACUGCAUGCGAGCAAGCUACAAAGUGGCACAUCUUUGUUAGCAGGUCCACCACCACCAUGAUGGCUGUUUUCCCUUUGGACUUCGGCAGAUCAGUCAUAAAAUCUAUCGACACUGCCUCCCAAGGUCGUUCUGGGGUUGGUAAGGGUUCUAAUAGCCCCGCCGGCGCCCGCCUUUCCCCUUUGGCUCGCUGGCAUUGCUCGCACCCUCUUACAUACUCACGUACAUCUUCCCUCACCUUGGGCCACCAAAAUUCCCUGGUGACCAACCACAUGGUUUUGUGUUGUCCAAAAUGCCCCGCCGUAGGGCUGUCGUGCAACUGCUUGAGUACCCUCCCCUUAAGUCUCCUUCAGGGAUAUACAGUGCCCCUUUGUAAUACAAAGCUCCAUUUCUUUCCUCGAAACCCCUGGUUCCUCUCCCUCACCCCUAAGACCUCUGAGCUUAUUCUGGGCGUAUUCAUCAUUCUCUGUUUCCUCUACCAGUUCUCUUUGUCCCACCAAUGCCGCCCCACACACCCAGCGGUCCUCUGGAAUGACAUGUCUCUCUUCGGGUGCUCCCUCCCUCCAAAUAUUCAGGUUUGCGUGAGAGAGCGUCCGCCCUAAUGUUCUCUGGGCCUGGCACGUAACCAAUCUCAAAGUUAAAUUUGGAGAACUCCUGGGCCCAUCUCACUUGCCGUUGGUUGAGCACUCGUGCCGUCCUCCAAUACUCUAGGUUCUUGUGGUCAGUGCACACUUGCACCUUAUGUUGUGCGCCAAUUAGCAGGUGCCUCCAUCUCCGGAACGCCUCAUGAAUGGCUAGUAGUUCUCGGUCAUACACCGUGUAGUUCCUCUCGGAUUUGUUCAGCUUUCGCGAAAAAAGGCACACGGUCUCCACUCUGACUCCUCCUUCCCUGGCUGCAGAAGCACCGCCCCAAUCGCUCUGUCUGAUGCGUCAGUUUCCACUCUCAUCGGUUUUUGUAAAUCCACAUGCAGGAGUUGUUGUUCCGAGGCGAAGGCCCUUUUAGUUCCUCAAAUGCUCGCUCCGCCUCCUCAGUCCAAACGAACUUCUUCUUACUGCUGAGACAGUCCGUAAUGGGCGCCGUCAGGUGGGCAAAGUUUCGGAUGAACUUACGAUAGAAGUUCCCAAAUCCUAGGAACCUCUGCACAUCCUUCCUUGUUUUGGGUGUUUUCCAUUCCAGCACCGCCUGGACCUUGCCGGGAUCCAUGGCCAAUCCCUUGUCUGACAGGCGAUACCCCAGGAAUUCCACCUCCUUGGUAUGAAACUGACACUUCUCCAGUUUCACCCACAGCUGGUUGGCUUGCAGCCUGCUCAACACUUCUCUGACGUCUCUCACAUGCUGCUCCUCAUUCUCAGAAUACACCAACACGUCGUCUAAGAAGGCCACACAAUUCUUGUAAAGCAAAGGCCCCAGGACGUGGUUCAUAAACGAUUGAAAGGUUGCGGAGCCUGCUUGGAGGCCGAAGGGCAUAACCAAAUAUUCAAAUGCCCCUAAAGGGGUGAACAUGGUGGUUUUCCAUUCAUCCCCCUUCCUUAUUCGUACCAGGUUGUACGCCCCCCUUAGGUCCAGCUUUGUGAAAAUCUUUCCCUUCCGCACCCUUGUCAAAAUGUCGUCAAUCCUGGGCAUAGGGAAGGCCACUGGUUCUGACACUGCAUUUAAGGCCCUGAAGUCACACACCAGCCUCGGCUUGUUCGUGUUUUUAUCCACAAAAACACUGGGCUGCCCCCACCGCCCUGGACUCUCUGAUGAACCCUCUCUUCAGGUUCUUGUCAAUGAACUCUCUUAGCUCCUGCAUCUCUCUGUCUGACAUGGCGUACAGCUUGCCUACAGGGAGCUGUGCCCCAGGGAGUAAAUUGAUUUGACAGUCAAAGGGUCUAUGCGGGGGUAGUUGGUCAGCUUCCCUUUCGCUGAAGACGUCACGGAGAUCUGCAUAUUGUCGUGGUACCUUCACGUUUUCCGUUACUUCAGUCCCUGCUAGGGUAGCUUGGGCCCCUGCCAAACCCUUUCCCUCUUUGCAGUGUUCUAAGCAAUGUGCUGAACCAAAAGAAACCACUCUCUGAUGCCAGCCCACCAGCGGAUCAUGUAACGCUAGCCAGCUCAUCCCCAAUAUAAUGGGAGCUCCUCCCAAGGUGGCCACAUUAAAAGCUAUCAGUUCGGUGUGCCUUGCUACCUUCAUUAUCAUUGGGACGGUCUGCAAGCUGACUUCUCCUCCCAACAGCUCCCUGCCAUCGAUCGUGGUCACCUGCAGGGGGUUGCUUAAAGGAUCGUCUGUAUCUGGUGUUCAGCUGCAAACUCUUUGCUUAUGAAAUUGCAGGAGCUGCCUGAGUCCAACAGCGCCUUUAUCUUUAGAGGGUGUCCGUUUGGCAGCUCUAGCGUCACUUCUAUCACUAGGGCGGGUUUAGGAGGUUCUGGCGUGGGCACUCUCACUGCUCUUUGGCCUGGCUGCUGUGCCCCGACAGUGGCAGCCAGGCGUUGGCUUUUACUUGCUCCGGUAUUCCUUCCUCUCUCCCUCCACAGCUCCUACCAUCCCUUGCCAUUCCUUCCUCUGGGGGCAGACUCUGGCAAAGUGACCUGGCUGUUGGCAGAGAUAGCAUUUCCGGGCGCCUUUUCCCUCCUUCUUUCCCCCUUCACUGGGCUUUGAAACUGCGCGCGCGCGCGCUGUUCCGAUUUCCAUCGGCUCUGCCGGCGGGAAAGUUGGCUCUGGAAUGUCUGGAAUGCGGAACUCCUUCCAAUGUUCCCCUUUCCCUUCCCGCCUCUCCAAUGCUCUCGCCUCCUGGCGCGCUCCUAUGGUCAGCGCUGAUUUGGUCAGCUGGUCCAUAGACUCCGCCCUGGGCGCCCGGGAAGUUCGUCUUUCACAGCCGAAGAAAGCCCUUCUUCAAAGAGCAUUUGAAUGGGUUCCGCCGAUAAGUCCCACCCCAAUCUGUGAACCAGCAUGGUGAACUCAGUCCAGUACUCACGGACAGAUCGGCUCCCCUGUUUGCAAGCCAUUAACUGUCUGCGCACCACUCCCUGUUCAAUAUCGCUGGAAAACAUCAGAUCCAUGGCGCGAAAGAACUUCAUCGUGUCCUUUAGGACGUCACUAUUCGCUGCCAUCAGGGGUCUAACCCAGUCUCUCGCCCCCUUUUCAAGAUGCUCAAUCACGAAAGCCACUCGUGAUUCCUCGUCAGGGAAUUCAUCAAACUGCAGAUUGAGGGCAUAUUGCAUCUCUGUCCGAAAGCCAUGAUAGUCUUUGGGCUCCCCCCCAAACUUCUGCACCAAUCCUGGUACCUUUCUGGCGAGCUGGGUGGCUUUCCCCUUUUGUCUGCAUCCUGAGCCCUCCUCUCCUCAAGCCUCGCCGUCUGCAUCGCUAGCUGGACCUCCAACACCCGGUACCUUUCUUCCAGGCUUGGACCCGCUCCAGCUCCUGCUUCUCCGGUUCCGGCUGGGUUGCUCAUGAUGCCUUCUCCUGCACAAGCUGCUUUCAAAGACUGUCGGAAUGCUGUGAUGGGAUGAUGAGCUGCUUGUGCGUAAAAUCGUAUCCCCUCAGAGUUUGUUCAAGUCCACAAACCUCUGUCUGUGACGGAGCCCCUCAGACAUGGCUCCUCUAGUCACUAGCAGAUUCCGACAGUGGUUGCUUUCGGAAUCGCUUCCAACAUAAAAGCUCCUUAACGGAAACACGUCUUCUGGACUCUCUGCGUUUCAGUUUCCGGCGAGGAGUGGGUGUCCCUACAGGAGGUCCUGAAACCUCCCCACUGUUUUCGCUGGAAGUGUCUCUGAGCCAUCCCUCCAGCUCACUUUCCCUCAGCUCAGCUCCUCUCCCCCUACUGGUUCCCUCUUCAGCUGCUGAGUCUCUCCCAACCUGUGUGAGCCCUUUCACCUCCCUUCCGUCCGAUGGCAGUUCCCUGACACGUACCUUCAAAAGACACAUACAAAUCAGCCAAACAGAUGAAUGGGGAAAUGUUUCUUAUGUUUUGGAAUGAUAAAUAUCAAGACAAUGCACAUCCAUGUGAUGGGCUUAGUCUACUGUAAUCUUACAAAAAUUACAGUAUAUAUAUUACUGUAUUGUAUUAUACAUUAAAUAUACAGACUUUUUUUUAAAAAAAGCAUCACUCUCCCGGUAGCUCUUAGUGGGAGAGAGAUGUCUUGUUGACGAACAGCGUAGCGUGAACAAAUGUGUCACUGAAAAGCUUACGCCAAUAGCCGCCUGCUGCCGUGCUGAAGGCAAGAUUCUGCGAGCAGCAAAGCAAAUGCCAACUGAGGAGAAUCUUUUCCUGCUAUUUUUCUGGGACUUGUGACAGAGGUUUAUUUUAUUUUAUUUUAUUAAGGCUAGUUGCCUCUCCCUGGUAGGGUGUGCAGGCUGAAAAGGCUUGGCUGAGCGAAGGUCGUUCUGGCUUCUUUAAGCAAUUGAAAAGCUGAGCAGUUAGUGCUUUGCCAGCUUGCUGGAAGGAUAGAUAGUCCCUGAAUCCCAUAACAUGCUUUUCAGGACACCCUGUUUGGCUUUUCUCUCUACCACUGGCAUGAAUUCUUCCAAAGAUUCCCCAUAAGAGAAGGCAGCUGAAAAAGAUGAUCCAGCCCUUGUUUAGACUAUCAGGCUAGGGCUAGGAAGACCUGGGUACAGAUUUCCACCCAUGAAGCUCACUGGGUGAUCUGGGGCCAGUGUUUCACUGUCUACUUAACCUUCCUCACAGGAUUGCUACAAGUAUGCAGUGGUACCUUGGUUCUCAAACUUUAUCCGUUCCGGAAGUCUGUUCCCAGACCAAAGCGUUCCAAAACCAAGGUGUGCUUUUCCACAGAAAGUAUUGCAAAACGGAUUAAUCCGUUCCAGACUUUUAAAAACAAUCCUUCAAACAGCAAUUUAACAUGAAUUUUACUAUCUAAACAGACCACUGAUCCAUAAAAUGAAAGCAAGAAUCAAUGUACUGCACUAUAAAAUAAAUAAGACAGUAUCAUAGAUGAUUAAAAUUACAGUGGUACCUCGGGAUGCGAACAGGAUCCGUUCUGGAGCCCCAUUCGCAUCCUGAAUAGAUCGUAAGAUGCGACGGCGCGUCUGCGUGUGUCACCUUUUGCUGUUUUCGCGCAUGCGCGUGACGGCAUUUUGAACGUCUGCGCAUGCGCAAGUGGCGAAACCCAGAAGUAACGUGCUCCGUUACUUCUGGGUUGCCAUGGAGCAAAACCCGAAAGCGCUCAACCUGAAGCACAUUCAGCCUGAGGUAUGACUGUAAAAUUAAUUUUUUUUCUUAACUGCACUGAUGAUAGUCAUUGUUUGGAUGGGGGGCUUUUAUCCAUUUCCGCAGUUACACAAUCAGUUAAUCAGUAGCUGAACUGGGUUCCACACAGUCACAAAAACAAAUUAACUGGAAAAGCCUCAAAAAAUAAUAAUACGCAAAAUAAAUAGUAAAAACAAAAGCGCCAAACUUAAUCUAUUCCAGAAGUCCGUUUGACUUCUGAAAUGUUUGAAAACCAAGGCGCAGCUUCCAACUGGUGCAGGCACCCCAGAAACAAUAGCCGACAGUUGCAUCGGACGUUCGGCUUCUGAAAAACGUUCAAAACUGGAACACUUACUUCUGGGUUUUAGGUGUUUGAUAACCAAGGUGUUUGAGUACCAAGGCAUAUGAGAACCAAGGUACCACUGUACAAUGGAUGAAGGUGGCAGGCAAGGGAGCCAUGUGCACCUGAGCACAUACAUGGGGGCAAAUGUAAAGCAAGAUGUUACUUCAACUGCUGUAACAUGGGAAAUGGCAGUCUAUGUGCUACAUCAUGAGUGGAGAACUUGUGAACCUCCAGACUACCAUGCUCACCAUCCUUGACAUGCUGCCUGAGGGUGAUGGGAGAUGCCGUCAAAGACCUGGAAGUCCACGUUUCUCUACCACAGGGCCUGUAAGACAGAGCUAUUCUGCCUGGCUUUCAGCUUGAACUUAGCCUGAUCUUUUAUUCCCCUUCCUUCCCUCCCUCUCCCCUUUUUAUGAGAUUACCCACUCUGGGAUCCCACAACUAAUUCUCCCCUGGUCUCCACGCUGGCCCAAAUAGGACUAAUUUAGCCAGCUAGCCCUGGUGAUCAUCUAAUGCUUAUUGGAUGGAUUUCCCCCCUAAAUUGAUUUUUGAAUUUUGAAUUUAUUGUUAUUCAUGUUUUAUAUUGUAUUUUAUGCUGUUUUUUGUUGCAUCAAUUAAGAGUUUUAAAUUUGUUGUUAGCCUCCCUGAGCCCGGUUUUUGAACCGGGAAGAGCAGGGUACAAAUGGAAAUUUAUUAUUAUUUAUUAUUAUCCCUGUUCUACCUUGUUCCUUGAUAUUUGUGUAUUUACUUGCAUGCACAGUACAUAUACUGUAAAAACAGGGUGCUCCUGUACUGCACGCUACCAUAUUUAGAAGAUUCUGCCCGGCUUUGGUUUCAUCCGUGGUCUCCUGACCUGAUCAGGUGCAAAGAAGAGGCAAGCAAGAGCAUGGCUCUAACUCUGUGCUCUGACCGAGCCCUCUUGCCUUCCUCCUCUUCCUCUCCAUGCAUGGCACCCGUCGAUUGUCCAUUGUCCGUGAGAUGCAGCAUCAUUUUGACGUGAUCUUUUCUUUCCUGCACCUAGAAAUGAAGCCUGCCUUGGAAUCUAAAGAAGACUGACACGCCCAGCUGGCAGCAGACUGUAGAUAGGGCAGCCAACAGCAGAGGAAAUGGGACUGAUGAACAGUGCUGGAACACAAAGACAGCCGGUGCCCCCAUCCUACGUACAGCAAUGUGCUGUGUGCUUUCAUCACGAUUCUAAGUUGCAUCAUGUUUUCCUGGUACAGGACUGCACCAUCCUAAGUGCUUGCUUGCUUAUUGGGUACAAAGUCCAUAUAAUUUAAUAUUUGGAAUAUGAUUCCUGCACGCUGGCUAUAGGCUGCUGGCAAAUGUCUUUGUAUUAUUUGAGGCUUAAUGUACUCAUAAGGUUAGGCUGCCAGUUGUUCGGGCAGAAUCCUGAGCCUUUUAAGUUGUGCUGCAGACAGAUCAAACUUUUCCACCAUGGCAAGUGUGAUUCACCUGUUUAAUAUCUGUUACAAACCUGCUGAAGGUGCAACAGCCUUUCCAUGAAAAAAAAUAUAGUGGCUUUCUUAUGUUGUAUGCUAAUGUUCACC